CCCGAAUUUUGGCGCGCAUAUGUAAGUCGGUCAUUGUACCAGUAGACCGAUCCUUAUCUGGAUUCAGUUCAAAAAAUUUGGCAGCGGGUACUAAUUCUUAAUAUCUCGGAUGCUUGACGCUUGAUGCUUACAAACCAGUCUACAAACCAGUCUUCUCUCUGCGCAUAUUUCUUCUCACUCAUCAAACCCACUCAGGAGCUCAUACACUCUUUAAUAUUACUCUCACUCUUUUAGCCGUUCCCUUUACGCAUAGCUCGCCGGUAACAUGUAUAGAUCCGCCUUGCGAUCCACUCCUCGAGUCGCAAAUAAACUGCGACCAACUAUCAUCUCGCCCAAUGCACGACGCUUUGCUUCAACUUCCCCCACAGAUAAGAAACGAAGUUGGAAGAGCUCGGCUGUAAGAUGGGGUUUAGCUGCUGGUAUUGUGUAUUGGUAUAGCACCAGCGCAGUCUUUGCUGAAGAACCACUGCCUAAAACAUUAUCGCCGCCGCCCCAGUUCUCAGAUGAGGACCUCCCCACAGUAGAGGCCGUAGUCGCACAGAAGCGUCGAGAAGCCGAAGCACGACUGCAGAAAGCCGCAUCAUCUCCCGAGCCACCAACAGCUACCCUACCAUCCGAAACAUCUCCUUCCGCACCUGCUAAAGAUGUCGAGACGCAAGAUCAAACUACAUACCCGGAAGGAAGCCCCGAAGCUUUAGAAGAAGAGGCCGGUCAACAGGGAGCGUUCAACCCGGAGACGGGCGAGAUUAAUUGGGACUGCCCUUGUUUAGGAGGAAUGGCUCAUGGGCCUUGCGGCGAAGAGUUCAAGGCGGCGUUUAGCUGUUUCGUCUACUCCAAGGAAGAGCCGAAAGGGAUGGACUGCAUUGAUAAAUUCCAACACAUGCAAGACUGCUUCCGCCUUCAUCCCGAGGUAUACGGAGAGGAACUAGAUGAAGACGAGGCUCCCGCAGAGGGCACUCCUGAGAUUGCAACGGAGAAAUCCGCCGCUAAGACAUCACCUGGUGAAAAUGGUGCGGUAGCGAAAGUAGAAGAAACGACGCCGGCCCAAAGGUCAGCUAAGGCAGAUACGGAGGCUGCAGAGGUGGUAAAGGAGACUCAGAAGCAGAAUGUCCCCCCGGCGCAACCGUAAUAGAUGUCGAGUGCUUUGGGCAUUUGACGUACUCGAGUAUGGCGAGUAUGGCGAGUAUGGUCUCGUAAAAUAGAUACCUGGAGCCGUGCAUUUUGUACAACAUAAUACUGUGCAUAUUAUAGGGCACAUGAGAUACGGCGAAAUGAACCAAGCAACUCUUUCAACACAAGUUUUUUUCUUUUCCUUUUUUUUUUUUUUUUU